GCGCAGCAGCUCCGGAGCGCGCGCGCGGUGAGUGCAGGAGCCGGAGGCCGACUCAGUCCCCCGGCCGGGCGCUGCUGCCGGGCGGCCCACGGGGAGGUGUGCGCGGAGCCCGCGACCUCGGACAGACUGGAAGGCGGGCUGGCGCCAGCGGGCUCACCGCCUAGCUCCAGUGCCUCAGUCGCGCUGUGGGCUCCGCCGCCGCUUCCGCUGCCCGAUGGCGAGGCUCCGGGAUUGCCUGCCCCGCCUGAUGGUCACGAUUCGGUCGCUGCUCUUCUGGUCCCUGAUCUACUGCUACUGCGGGCUCUGCACCUCCAUCUACCUGCUUAAACUUUUGUGGAGCAUCGGCAAGGGACCUGCGCAGACCUUCCGGAGGGUCUCCCGGGAACACCCGCCCCCGUGCUUGAACGACCCUUCCUUGGGUACCCACUGCUACGUAAGGAUCAAGGAUUCGGGGUUAAGAUUUCAUUAUGUUGCUGCUGGAGAAAGAGGCAAACCACUUAUGCUGCUACUUCAUGGAUUUCCAGAAUUCUGGUAUUCUUGGCGUCAUCAGCUAAGGGAAUUUAAAAGUGAAUACCGAGUUGUAGCACUGGAUUUGAGAGGCUAUGGCGAAACAGAUGCUCCCAUUCAUCGAGAGAAUUAUAAAUUGGACUGUCUAAUUACAGAUAUAAGAGAUAUUUUAGACUCUUUAGGCUAUAGCAAAUGUGUUCUUAUUGGCCAUGACUGGGGCGGCAUGAUUGCUUGGCUGAUUGCCAUCUGUUAUCCGGAAAUGGUGAUGAAGCUCAUUGUCAUUAACUUCCCUCAUCCAAAUGUAUUUACAGAGUACAUUUUACAACACCCUGCUCAGCUAUUCAAAUCCGGCUAUUAUUACUUCUUCCAAAUACCAUGGUUCCCAGAAUUUAUGUUCUCAAUAAAUGAUUUCAAGGCUUUGAAACACCUGUUUACCAGCCAUAGCACUGGCAUUGGAAGAAAAGGAUUUCGAUUAACAACAGAAGAUCUUGAAGCUCAUAUUUAUGUAUUUUCCCAGCCUGGAGCAUUAAGUGGUCCAAUUAAUCAUUACCGAAAUAUUUUCAGCUGCCUGCCGCUCAAACAUCACGUGGUGACCACUCCGACACUGCUGCUGUGGGGAGAGAAAGACACAUUUAUGGAGGUUGAGAUGGCUGAAGUCACAAAGACUUAUGUUAAAAACUAUUUCAGGCUAAUUAUUUUGUCAGAAGCCAGCCAUUGGCUUCAACAGGAACAACCUGACAUAGUGAACAAAUUGAUCUGGACAUUUCUGAAAGAAGAAACAAGAAAAAAAGAUUGACUUUCUAUAUCUUGUAUGAGGGGUCUGUAAUAAAAUGUCUAAGUGAUUUUUUAAAAUUGUUCAUCAACUUCUUUAACCUUCACUAGGAAAAAUUGUUUUAACAUGCUUUAUUAUAAAUAAGUACCCUGACAAAUGUUACUGAAAAAAAUCUGAGAAUGUGUAUGAAUUUGUAACAUAAUGUUGAUUUUCUUCUGUUGUAUUUCACACAGAAAAACACCUUCCUUAAAAUGUAUACACUUGUACAGAAAGGAAGUUGGGGAAAGGCUCAGUUUUGGUUUCUUGUGUUUUUUACCCUGUUAACAUAUAGUGCCUUUUACAUAUGCAUGUUAAAGUUUAGCCAUAUUGAAAGGCAAAUCUGCAAUGGUAUAAAUUUUUAUUUUAUUGGUUAAAAGUUCUUUUAACUAUUUUUAACCAUUAAAAAUUCUAUUUUCAAA